AUGCUGCGGCAGGUUCUACACAGGGGCUUGAGGACGUGUUUCUCCCGGCUCGGCCACUUCAUUGCCAGUCACCCUGUCUUCUUCGCCUCGGCGCCGGUGCUCAUCUCCAUCCUGCUCGGCGCCAGCUUCAGCCGCUACCAGGUCGAGGAGAGCGUGGAGCACCUGCUGGCGCCCCAGCACAGCCUCGCCAAGAUCGAGCGCAACCUCGUCAACAGCCUCUUCCCGGUCAACCGCUCCAAGCACCGGCUGUACUCGGACCUGCAGACCCCUGGGCGCUACGGCCGGGUCAUCGUCACCUCCUUCCAGAAAGCCAACAUGCUGGACCAGCAUCACACUGACCUGAUCUUAAAGUUGCAUGCUGCUGUGACCAGGAUCCAGGUUCCAAGGCCUGGAUUUAAUUACACAUUUGCUCACAUCUGUAUCCUGAAUAACGAUAAGACUUGCAUUGUGGAUGACAUCGUGCAUGUCCUAGAGGAGCUAAAGAAUGCUCGGGCCACCAACCGGACCAAUUUUGCUAUCACGUACCCGAUCACUCACUUAAAAGAUGGGAGGGCAGUUUAUAAUGGGCACCAGCUGGGAGGCGUCACUGUGCACAGCAAGGAUCGAGUGAAAUCCGCAGAGGCCGUCCAGCUCACCUACUACCUGCAGUCCAUCAACAGUCUCAACGACAUGGUGGCGGAGAGGUGGGAGUCCAGCUUCUGUGACACCGUCCGACUGUUCCAGAAAUCUAACAGCAAAGUCAAAAUGUACCCUUACACAUCCUCCUCGCUGAGGGAAGACUUCCAGAAGACCAGCCGUGUAUCAGAACGUUACCUGGUCACCAGCCUGAUCCUGGUGGUCACCAUGGCCAUCCUCUGCUGCUCCAUGCAAGACUGCGUCCGCAGCAAACCCUGGCUGGGCCUGCUCGGGCUGGUGACCAUAAGCCUCGCCACCCUCACUGCGGCUGGGAUCAUCAAUCUGACUGGUGGGAAAUACAAUUCCACCUUCCUGGGAGUCCCUUUCGUCAUGCUAGGUCAUGGAUUAUAUGGGACUUUUGAAAUGUUAUCCUCCUGGAGGAAAACUAGAGAAGACCAACAUGUUAAAGAGAGAACUGCAGCAGUCUAUGCAGACUCCAUGCUCUCCUUUUCUCUCACCACUGCCAUGUACCUGGUCACCUUCGGCAUAGGGGCCAGCCCUUUCACGAACAUUGAGGCAGCCAGGAUUUUCUGCUGCAAUUCUUGUAUCGCAAUUUUCUUCAACUACCUCUAUGUACUCUCGUUUUAUGGUUCCAGCCUGGUAUUCACUGGCUACAUAGAAAACAAUUACCAGCAUAGUAUCUUCUGUAGGAAAGUCCCAAAGCCUGAGGCAUUGCAGGAGAAGCCGGCAUGGUACAGGUUUCUCCUAACGGCCAGAUUCAGCGAGGACACUGCAGACGGUGAGGAAGCGAACACUUACGAGAGUCACCUAUUGGUAUGUUUCCUCAAACGCUAUUACUGUGACUGGAUAACCAACACCUAUGUCAAGCCUUUUGUAGUUCUAUUUUACCUUAUUUAUAUUUCCUUUGCCUUAAUGGGCUAUCUGCAGGUCAGUGAAGGGUCAGACCUUAGUAACAUCGUAGCGACGGCGACACAAACCAUUGAGUACACUACUGCCCAGCAAAAGUACUUUAGCAACUACAGUCCGGUGAUUGGAUUUUACAUAUAUGAGUCUAUAGAAUACUGGAACACUAGUGUCCAAGAAGACGUGCUAGAAUACACCAAGGGGUUUGUGCGAAUAUCCUGGUUUGAGAGCUACUUAAAUUACCUUCGGAAACUCAAUGUGUCCACUGGCUUGCCUAAGAAAAACUUCACAGACAUGUUGAGAAAUUCCUUCCUGAAAGCCCCCCAAUUUUCCCAUUUUCAAGAGGACAUAAUCUUCUCUAAAAAGUAUAAUGAUGAGGUUGACGUAGUGGCCUCCAGAAUGUUCUUGGUGGCCAAGACCAUGGAAACGAACAGAGAAGAACUCUAUGAUCUCCUGGAGACCCUGAGGAGACUUUCUGUCACCUCCAAGGUGAAGUUCAUUGUCUUCAACCCGUCCUUCGUGUACAUGGAUCGAUACGCCUCCUCCCUGGGAGCCCCCCUGCACAACUCCUGCAUCAGUGCUUUGUUCCUGCUCUUCUUCUCGGCAUUCCUGGUGGCAGACUCUCUGAUUAACGUCUGGCUCACUCUAACGGUUGUGUCCGUGGAGUUUGGAGUUAUAGGUUUCAUGACAUUAUGGAAAGUGCAACUGGACUGCAUUUCCGUGCUAUGCUUAAUAUAUGGAAUUAACUACACAAUUGACAACUGUGCUCCACUCUUAUCCACCUUUGUUCUGGGCAAGGAUUUCACAAGAACGAAGUGGGUAAAAAAUGCCCUGGAAGUGCAUGGGGUAGCGAUUUUACAGAGUUACCUCUGCUAUCUUGUUGGUCUGAUUCCUCUUGCAGCUGUGCCUUCAAAUCUGACCUGUACACUGUUCAGGUGCUUGUUUUUAAUAGCGUUGGUCACCUUCUUUCACUGCUUUGCCAUUUUACCUGUGAUACUGACUUUCCUGCCACCCUCUAAGAAAAAAAGGAAAGAGAAGAAAAAUCCUGAAAAUCGGGAGGAAAUUGAGUGUGUCGAAAUGGUGGAUAUCGAUAGCACCCGAGUGGUUGACCAGAUUACAACAGUGUGA